AUGAGCCACUCAGUCCCUGACCUCGAUUCGAUCGGCGUCAAGGCCGAACCCGAGCUCGCAGACUCGUUCCGUCGCGAAGUCGCAAACCUCCUCGGCCGAAACAAUCUCAAUUUCCCCGGCGCGCAACCCGUCAGCUUCUCGGCGAAACACUUGACGGAGCUCCAAAAAGAAGAUUACUUUGUCUGCGAAAAGACGGACGGCAUUCGCUGCUUGAUGUACUUUGCGCGCGGUGAUCCCGACUCCGAGUCGCCUGAGAUUCAUUAUCUGAUCGACCGCAAGAACGACUACCGCUUUGUCCCUGGCCUACACUUCCCACUACCAGACGAUGAAACCUUCCAGUCUUUUCAUGUUGACACGCUGGUGGACGGUGAACUGGUCAACGACACGUACGAGGACGGUACUCAGCAGCUCAAGUACUACGUCUUCGACUGCUUGGUGCUUGAUGGACAGAGCCUAAUGCACCGCACUCUUGACAAGCGGCUCGCAUACUUCAAAGAGAAAGUAUUGAGGCCUUACAACGCUAUGUAUCGCAAGUUCCCGGAAGAAAAACAACACCGCGCCUUCGCCGUCGAAGACAAGUCCACACAAUUCAGCUAUGGCAUUGAGAUGAUGUUCCGUGAUAUCAUUCCAAAGGUCAAGCGCAUCCACGGCAACGACGGUCUCAUCUUUACCUGUCGCAGCACACCCUACCGCAUCGGUACAGACGAACACAUCCUCAAAUGGAAGCCACCCGCUGACAACACCAUUGAUUUCCGCAUGCGCCUGGAGUUCCCAGUUUUGGAACCAGACAGCGAGGACGAAGCUGACGGCGUCACCGAACCAUACACAGACUAUGAUGCCAUCCCGAUAUGCCACUUGUUUACAAUGCUCAACAGUAACGAGUACCGCCAUUUCGGCGAGAUGUAUGUGACUCAGAAAGAAUGGGACGACAUGAAAGCCAUGCGCGUCCCGCUGGACGAUUCCAUUGUCGAAUGUUACAAGGAUCCACAACAGCGUUGGCGAUUCUACCGCCUUCGCGACGAUAAAGCGGACGCGAAUCACAUCUCGACGGUGGAAAAGGUCCUCGAGAGUAUCGAGGACCGCGUCACUGAGGAAGAUCUCAUCCGUCUCGCACCUGCUGUCAAAGCCGCGUGGAAAAAGCGUCAAGCAAUGGUUUCUGAGGGCAAGGCCCGCCCUGUGCCGCCUACUGCUAAUGGGAAUGGUGUCAAGCGGAAAUUUGAGGAAUGA